CUUGGGAGGUUCGGACAAUAUGCUAAUGAGCUAGCAUGACAAAUUGAUUAUGUUAAUUAAUCAACCAUGAAUAUUCAGAACACAGAAAAUUAAUAUGCAAUUAGUGAACACACCGCAUACAUCAAUAAACGAGGGCGUCCAUGGUCUCCCUUCAACCGAAACAUCAACAAAAGUAUUGUGCUGCGGUCGGAUUUUGUGGUCAAAACACGACAAAUAUCGACGCAAAUAUGACGUUUUCCGCAGGUAGUAUAGCAGGCCAUCAUAUGAUGCACGAAAUGGAUGUUGUUACGAAAGUCGCUGGGAAAUUACUAGAGAUCCAACGUUCGCAAUAUUUCGACCGAGCGUCUGUGCUCAGACGACCUCUGAAGGUAGGGUUCACGGUGCAAAUGUUCCUUCUGGCCGCGUAUCUACGGGGAGAAGGAGCUUUCUAACCUAAUCCAGGGGGAAAACUCGUCAAUCGUGUUUUAAACGUACGCAAACUUGGCGAUUUUGUUUAAUUAAAGAGUCUUGGAAAACGAAUUUACACAUUGCCGAUGAGUCGAUGACAGGUGAUCUAUGAGGGCCAGACCUCAUACAGUUCCGAGUGGCCGGCCCUUGUGUCAACGUUUAGUAAUGUCAUUCAUGUCUUUGUUAAAAAUAAUAUUUAUUUUAGAUAUAUGCUUGUUUCUUAGAAAAUAGUGUGUUUAAUAUAUUAGAUGUGUUGCCUUGUUUAAAAUUUAAUAUCGUCGCUUCGAAAUACAGGCAGGCUAGGCAGCCGCGUUAAAUUAUACAAUGACACUGCAAACAUACAGCCCACAUUUCUUAUCUUUUCAAACUUGCAAAAUACCUUAAAAAUUCUAGUUAUUUCUUUAAAUAUUUAAGUAUUCUGAAAAUUCGCUUUUAUCCUAAGUCUUAAUACACUGAAUACAUCUGUCAAACGAUAUAAAAUGCCAAAUCAAUCACCAGUGUUGUAGUCAAGGACCUAAACGUGUCAUGUUGGAUUUUAUUAGCGAACAGCAGGUAACAUUUUAUCAUCUGUGGCUGAAAACGCGCAUGUUUAUAAAUUAUGGCUUUUAGCAUGCUUUUACUGGUUAUUUUUGAAUUUGUUCUUGGAUUCUUAAUUUUGUAUUGGCGAAAAUAAUUAAUCGCGUGAACGAGGCAUAAUAAUCUGUAUUAAAAUAUAAUAUCUAUUAUUAUGGUAUAAUCCUUCUUUGUUUCGCAUGCUAAUUAGUUAAAGCCCACACGAGGUAUGUUUUCAAUAACAAGUAAUUAGCACAAUUACAGUUUUUUGUCAGCAUCACAAAAACCUUGUAUCAAAAAAACUUUGGGUCAUGGCUAUGUAAAACUACACAAGUUGCAACAAACCUGCAGCAAUGCUGUUCUGACAACUUGUUAACAAGAUGUGUUUGCAUUGCUUGUUCCCAGCUUGUCAACAACAUCAACAGCUUGUGACAACUUGCUACAAGGUUGUCGAGCUCAACAGACUUAUUACAACUUGUUAUUGUCCUGCAAUUCAACAAUUUAUCAACACGUUGUGAGUGACGUUGUAGCAACUUCAUAAAAUGACAGCAUUGUUACAACUUGUUAACAAGCUUGCUACAAGCCUGUUGUAAACACAUCUUGUUGACAAGUUGUGAGAUUUUUAUUUGUGUACACUGUCUAUAUAUUUUCCAUGAAUAUCUCUAAUAUGGAUGCUGAAGGGAAACAGCAAGUUUCCUAGCAGAGGUUCAAUUGAAUUCCCUACUGCCAUUUCUCUAGCUAUCACAAGCAUACUGUCUCCUCUGGCAAAAUCAAGAAACUGGCGAUGUGGAAGGAAGACAGGGCUCCUCUCGGAAACUUGGCGGAUGCUUCUUUGCUGUGUUGGUUGACCUGAUGGCUUUGGGUAAAAUUUCAUUGGUCAGUGAACACAAGAAUAGCCUUGCUAUCCAGGUGAGAGGUUUUUGCAAGGAUGGCAGGACUGGCACUUUGUUGACAACCAGAAGUUGCAGGGGGGGUGGGUGUCUUUACACUGUCUCCAGUUUACACACAUACCCUGCCCCAGAUAAAGUCACACCAGAGCAAAUAUACCACUAGGACUGUGUUGAGAAAUAUAGCCAGGUCAUUCAAUACCCUUAGAAAACUGCUACAACCAGAGACCUAACAGGUUGAUAAUGAACAAACAGGGACAUAUUUGGAUAGUAUGUUAUCAUAUAGUGAAUGAACAGGGACAUAUGUGGAUAGUAUAGGAUAUUAUAUCAUAUGAGCUCAAAAGUUCCAUAUUUGAUACAGGUUGUCGAUACUGAACGAACAGGGACAUAUUUGGAUGGUAUAGUAUUUGAAGAGAUGGUCAAAUUUCAAAGUAAACAUCCCACAAAACAGAAGGAAGUAUCGGAAUAUAUACUGGAAGCAGUGAAAAGAGACAAUGUUGAUAAGAACUGUGCAACGCUAACACUUGAUAGUCUUGUUGACAUUGACAUCCUGGAUAAGGAGCAGAAAAUGUUAGGCUUCACAAAGAAGUAUCCAACUUUAAAGUUUGGUAUGUAUACACACUAAACUUUAACUAUGGAUUAGCUCUGUUAGUUCUGUAAUCAAUUACUACUGGAUAUCAGUUGUAUAAUCAAUUACUUCUUCUAUUUCAGAACCGGAAAACUCACUGAAACACGAGAUUUCGGAGAUUUUGUUGAAUUUUGCUGCGCCAGAUUCGUAUAUGCGUUGUCUAUUGACAAUUCUUAGAACAUCAGACAAGCUCUAUCUGACUUCGGAUCCUCUGCUGUCGAAAUAUUUCAGCAAGUCUGACUACGAGAAGAAAGUCAAGGAGAGAGUGGAUGUUAUUUCAAAUUCCUGGUCUUACUAGAUAUAGUAUCACUUCACUAGAACAACAUCGUUUUGCUAAUUCAAGAUAAAGCAAUGUAUCCAGUAGAACUGCAUGUCCACAAUAGUGCCAUUACUCUUGCUAGGAAGGACUCAAUGGUCUCAAAUAGCGUUGCAUGGCUUCUUAGCAAAGAAUUUAUCAAAUUGAUAUAGAUUAAACUUAUAUACAAUAUUAAGGCUGGUUUUACACUAUCAAAGUUUCUGUGAUCACAGUAGGAAUUUAGCCUUAGAGGUUUUCAAGGAUUGACUGAGUCAGUUCUCUCAAACAUUUCUUUCAAAUCCUUCAAAACUUAGAAUUUACCCAUGCAAAAUGCCUACUGUGAUCACAGAAACUUUGAUAAUGUAAACCAGUCUUUAAAGGUUAUUUCUUUCUGGGUCAAAAAUUUCCUAUCGCUCACGGCGAUUCUGUAAUCAGAUUGUUCGCACGCAGCUGACAUUUUAAUUUACACUGUUGUUGUUUGUGAAUUUAGUCUUGGACUUGCACGAUGUUUUGGGGAUUAAAGUUUUAGAAUUGUUAUAAGAAUGGGGGUAGACCAAGGUGUAAUAUAGUCAGUUUCUGUACAAAACAUUUUAUCAAAGCAAUUUUUAUUAAAAUAUGAACUACAUUGUAGGAUUGUUACUAUACAUUGAUUACGAAUACGCAAAACCCAGGUUGAACGUUACUCUUGGAUCAAGCAGGAUACUUGAACAAUUAUCAAAGUCUAUGACGUCACACGUACGCUUGCGUACCUAGUUUUUCACAUAUAAAGUAAAAUAGCUUCGAUUAACAAGAUUAAUUUGAUGCAAGAGCGCUGUCCAAACUGGGCAAAAACAUUGCAAUUUGAAUAAAAUGAUCAAUUGUUAAUUAUUAUUGGAAUGUAUCAUUGAAUAUCAAUUACUAACUACUCUACACAAAAUUCACCCUAAAAUUAUUACUUCACGUAUACAAUUACAAACCCUUAUCUAUACACAAUGCUGAGAGGUUAUUAAAUUAUAUUAUACACAAUGAUGACGUCACAGAUAAUUGUGACAAAUGCAGAAAAAUGCUUUCUUCGAAAAUGUUGCACACACAAUUUGGCACCCAAAAAUAAAACGCUUUCGAAACGAAAAAUUUGUCAUCAAAAAGGCUAUUUGCGUAAACGUACAAAGUUUUGUUGCACACAUAUCUCAAAUGUUAAACAACAAAACGCAAAAAGACUGGUUUCGAACCAUUUGGAAUAAAAACCUACUAGUUGAUGUUUUUUUUACUGUUGAUGGUGAAAUAUGGAAAAUACGUAUAGGUGAGAUAGAGUUGUAUGCUUGAGUUGGCUUUAGUGUGUUAUCUAUUUCACGGAAGUACAAAACUCGGUUUCUAGCGGGCAACUUACCGAGGAAAUUUCUUCAGUUCUAUACGAAACUAAGCGCAAUUAUCCAAUGCUUCGUUAUUCCGCAAUCAUGUUUGGAUCUGUGCAUGUAUGACGCUGUCUUUAUUUAUAAAAACUUCAAGAUACUGCUGUAGAUCUUCACUGCAGGGCCAAGUUUGAUUUUCAAAAUAUUCACGAUGUCUGCUUGUUGAAGUAACAGGAAUGCCUCGCCAUCAAUUUGCUACAAAGAAGAAUAUAAUUGUAAUUAGAAGGAAUCCAAUGUCGCAAUUAGAAGAAAUUCAAU